UGGGUAAUUUGCAUUCAUCAAGGUGGGCAGCGCCUAGCACAGGGCAGGGCAGUGGCACUCCUACAGGUUCCUGUUGAAUGAAUAAAUGAUGAUGCCUCCCCAGGUCAACCCGAUCUACCAGAUCUGGGAUGCAGCUCUAGAGAGGACUCCUUGAGCCCACUCCAGAGCCCACUCCAGCGGGCCCCCGAGGUGUAGACCUGGCACCAGGCUGUCCAUGCAGAGCCCCCACUUCACGAGGCUGGGGAGUCGUUCGCGGCCGGGCGCCGGCGGCGGCGCAGGGAGAGGCACCGGCCCCGGAGCCCAGAAUCCUUCGCCGGUCGCUUUCGAUUUGUCUUGGUCACGGUCGCGGCGCAGGGAUCGCGCGCCCCCCGCCCCCCGCCGAGCCGGCCCCGCCCUCCGUUUCCUCCCUGGUCCCUGGCACCGCGGCCGCUUGAGGGCAGAGGAGCCGGAGCUGACGAGGUGGCGGCAGCAGCGACGAUGGCAGGGAAGGAGUUGGAGCGGUGCCAGCGGCAGGCGGAUGAGGUGACGGAAAUCAUGCUCAACAACUUCGACAAGGUCCUGGAGCGCGACGGGAAGCUGGCGGAACUGGAGCAGCGUUCAGACCAACUCCUGGACAUGAGCUCUGCCUUCAGCAAGACAACCAAGACCCUGGCCCAGAAGAAGCGCUGGGAGAACCUCCGGUGCCGGAUCUACUUGGGGCUGGCCGUGGGCGGUGGCCUGCUCAUACUCCUGAUUGUGCUGUUGGCCGUCUUUCUCCCACAGAGUAGCAAGGACAGCAGUGCUCCACCCGCCCAGAACGCGGGCUCUGCCUCAGGGACUGGGGACUGACCCAGCUGGGCCUGGAAAUGAGGCCGAAUAGUUGCAUUGGCCGCUUCUGGUCUUCAGCGGACCAUGGCGUUUGUGCCCAUCUGAUCCACCCCAGUGAGUGCAGAAGGGCAGUCCCUGACGUGUACACCUUUGUUGUCGCCUCUCGCAUCACAGACUGGCUCUUGAGGGCAACCUGCUGCCCUAGCCAUGCCAGGCCAGCUCCACCCGGAACUUAGUAAAAGCUGCUAUUUGGUUAAAA